UCGGAUCCUAAAACGGGUCGGUGCAAGCGAUCCUAUAAAUACUAUUUGGAUCUCCCGUACUCAAAAUUCUCCAGUUUCGAAAAGGGAUUGCCGGCGGGGAGAUUUCGCCGGAGACCAUUGACAGACGAUUGAUAUAUGUAAAGGCGGUGUUCGAUAUUUCAGGUAUUCAGUUUGGCCCGUUUAUGGAACAUUGAUUUUUGUGCACUGUAAUCAAUUUAUGUAUCAGUUAGCAGAGCAGUGGAGCUGAUUGUUGAGUAUUUUGGUCACAUUUUGAUUUCGACCGAUGAGUUUCCGAAAACAAAUGCAAAAACUUGACAUUACUUUACCACAAGAAUAGCAGACGGCAGACAGACGAGAAGAUCAGCAGGAAGAGAUGGAAGACAGACGGGAAGAGCAGCCGGCAGGGAUGGCAGACAAACGAGGGCAAGAGGAACCAAAACCAGUGGAUAUCCCGGAGAUAACCCCUCACUUCUUCAAGAUUAUCCUGUCUCCACAUGCCUCUAAAUUACACAUCCCUAAUGAAUUUGUGACGGAGCAUGGCGCCAAUCUGGGGGAUCUCGUGUCACUUGAGGUCCCGAAUGGCGUGGUAUGGAAAGUAAAACUGCUAAACUCUAGUGGCAUGGUAUGGUUAAAUGAGGGAUGGAACAAAUUUAAGGAGUACUAUUCAAUUGCUUGUGGUUACUUUUUACUCUUCAGAUACAAAGGAAAUUCCCAGUUCUCUGUGUUUAUAUUUGAUUUAAGUGCUUCUGAGAUUGAAUAUCCUCCUGGCCCAAAUGAAGAUGUAACACCAGAGAAUCGAUCUAUUGUAUGCGAGCCACCAGAGGAAAAUGGGAUAAAUUUACCCCCACCCUGUGAGCCACCAAAGGAGAACAGGAUAAACUUAACCCCACCCGAUGAGCCACCAGAGGAAAACGUGAUAAUCUUACCCCCACCCGGUAUUUACACCAUGGAGGAGUUAUCAAUGACAUCCAUUCCAUCACGGCCAAAGGUAUAGAUAUAUCCAGGGCUUGUUUUUCUCUUACUCUCAGAGCUGCACAAUGCAACACUUUAUUUUAUAUUUUAGGAUUUAAGUUAUGUACCCUGGCAAUGUAAAUAUUUUUUUUAUACAAUCAAUGAAUUCUAAUCUACAGUACCAAGUUA